GGGGCCCGGGGCCCGAGCCGCGUCCUCCCGGGAGCCGCCUCCCCGCCGCCUCUUCCUUUUGUCGCGCUGCCCGCGCUCGCGGGCCACUCUCCGCGGCGUCCGAGCCCCGCGCGCUCCUCUCCUCCGCGCGCCACCGUCGAGAUGCUGCGCUGCGGCCUGGCCUGCGAGCGCUGCAGGUGGAUCCUGCCCCUGCUGCUGCUCAGCGCCAUCGCCUUCGACAUCAUCGCGCUGGCCGGCCGCGGCUGGCUGCAGUCGAGCGGGCACAUCCAGACGUCCUCGCUGUGGUGGCGAUGCUUCCAUGAGGGCGGCGGCAGCGGGUCCCACGAGGAGGGCUGCCAGAGCCUCAUGGAGUAUGCGUGGGGAAGGGCAGCGGCUGCCAUGCUCUUCUGUGGCUUUAUCAUCCUGGUGAUCUGUUUUAUCCUGUCCUUCUUUGCCCUCUGCGGACCCCAGAUGCUGGUCUUUCUGAGAGUGAUUGGAGGCCUCCUGGCCAUGGCUGCUAUAUUCCAGAUCAUCUCCCUGGUAAUUUACCCUGUGAAGUACACGCAGACCUUCAACCUUCAUAUCAACCCCGGUGUCACUUACAUCUAUAACUGGGCCUAUGGUUUCGGGUGGGCAGCCACGAUUAUCCUGAUCGGCUGUGCCUUCUUCUUCUGUUGCCUUCCCAACUAUGAAGAUGACCUUUUGGGCAAUGCCAAGCCCAGGUACUUCUACACAUCUGCCUAAGGUGGGGCGUGAGCAGAAGAUUGCUGCUGCCAAGAUGGAUCCCAGAGCAAGAAACUGUCUUCUCCAGCAUCCUUUGAACCCAUUUUGUGGGCAGUGUUCCUGUCAUUAAACUAGUCAAUGCUAAAAUAAUUUGGGAGAAAAUAUUUCUUAAAUGGUGUUA